AUGUAUUUAACAUUAUUAAAUCAAUAUUCAUGUGAAUUACAAGCAGCUAUUUUAUUGUCCAUAUGCUUAGGAACAUUUUUUAUAGGAGCAUUAUUAAUCUAUUUAGUUACACUAUCUCAAAGAAGACGAAAGAAAGGAAAUGUAGAUGAAGAAAAUCUUCGAAAAUUGUUACGAUUUAAGAAUUCAUUAUGGUUGUUAAAAUCUGCUAAAGCUACAUUAGCUGGAAAAAAUGCAUUUGGAAGAUUUCUGAUACUAUCAAGAACUUUAUCAGGUUUACUUUGUAUGUGCAUAUACCUAUGGAAUGCACAUCAGAUUUUAUCAGAAAAUACUUUCUGUAUCGCUUUCACAGAACAAUGGAGAUUCUAUGUAGAAAUGAGCUGUAAUUGUAUCUUCUCAUCAUGUUUAUUUUACGAGUAA